GCUACGAAAAGAACGAAAGCUCUUCUUCCUCCCUACGCGCUAAUCAACAGAUACGAUCUCGAUGGAUCGAUUCAAGAUCUGCUUCCUCGCAGCGAUUCUCUCGCUGAUCCAAUUAGGUUUCGCGUUCUACCUCCCAGGAAGCUACCCUCACAAGUACGAAGUCGGUGAUUACUUGAACGUGAAGGUAAACUCUCUCACUUCGAUCGAAACCGAGAUGCCGUUUAGCUACUACAGCUUGCCGUUUUGCCAACCCCCUGAAGGAAUCAAGGACAGUGCCGAGAAUCUAGGUGAGCUUCUCAUGGGAGAUCGGAUCGAGAAUUCACCUUAUCGAUUCAAAAUGUUCAAGAACGAGAGUGAGAUCUUUCUCUGUCAGACUGAGAAGCUAUCUGGCGAUGGUUUCAAGCUUCUCAAGAAGAGGAUUGAUGAGAUGUAUCAGGUGAAUCCUAUGUUAGACAAUUUGCCUGCGAUUCGUUACACUAAGAAAGAUGGUUAUGUUUUGAGGUGGACUGGGUAUCCUGUUGGGAUCAAGGUUCAGGAUGUUUACUAUGUGUUUAACCACUUGAAGUUUAAGGUUCUUGUGCAUAAGUAUGAGGAGGCUGCUAAUGUGGCACGUGUCAUGGGUACUGGGGAUGCAGCUGAGGUGAUUCCCACUAUGGGGAAGGACAAAGAUUCUGAUGUGCCUGGGUAUAUGGUUGUUGGGUUUGAGGUUGUUCCAUGCAGCUUUGCUCAUAAUGGUGACUCCACGAAGAAGCUGAAGAUGUAUGAGAGGUACACUACUCCGAUCAAAUGUGAUUCCACUAGUGUUUCCAUGUCUGUCAAGGAAGGGCAGUCUAUUGUGUUCUCUUAUGAAGUUAGUUUCGAGGAGAGUGAUAUUAAGUGGCCGUCGAGAUGGGAUGCGUAUUUGAAGAUGGAAGGCUCAAAGGUUCAUUGGUUCUCGAUUUUGAACUCUCUUAUGGUGAUCACUUUCUUGGCUGGUAUUGUUCUUGUGAUAUUCUUGAGGACUGUUAGGAGGGAUUUGACACGUUACGAGGAGCUGGAUAAGGAGGCUCAAGCUCAGAUGAAUGAAGAGUUAUCUGGGUGGAAGCUUGUUGUCGGUGAUGUUUUCCGUGCUCCGUCGAACCCUUCGCUUCUAUGUGUUAUGGUUGGUGACGGUGUUCAGAUUCUUGGCAUGGCUGUUGUGACUAUCUUGUUCGCUGCUCUUGGGUUCAUGUCACCGGCUUCACGUGGAACGCUUAUCACUGGUAUGCUCUUCUUCUACAUGAUCCUUGGUAUUGCAGCUGGUUAUGUCGCUGUUCGUCUCUGGAGGACGAUUGGAUGUGGUGAGCACCGUGGAUGGAUGUCUGUUGCAUGGAAAGCUGCUUGCUUUUUCCCGGGUAUUGCGUUUUUGAUCCUCACGACGUUGAACUUCCUUCUGUGGGGUAGCCAUAGCACUGGAGCCAUUCCUUUCUCUCUGUUUGUCAUCCUCAUCCUCCUGUGGUUCUGCAUCUCGGUUCCUCUCACCCUCAUCGGUGGUUACUUUGGAGCCAAGGCUCCUCACAUUGAAUUCCCGGUUCGAACCAACCAGAUUCCCAGGGAAAUCCCAGCUCAGAAAUACCCUUCAUGGCUUCUCGUUCUUGGCGCUGGAACACUACCAUUUGGUACCCUCUUCAUCGAGCUGUUCUUCAUCAUGUCCAGCAUUUGGAUGGGCCGUGUCUACUACGUCUUUGGGUUCUUGUUUGUUGUCAUGAUCCUUCUCGUUGUGGUGUGUGCUGAGGUCUCUCUAGUCCUAACUUACAUGCACUUGUGUGUGGAAGACUAUAAAUGGUGGUGGAAAUCAUUCUUUGCAUCAGGAUCCGUUGCAAUCUACAUCUUCAUAUACUCCAUAAACUAUCUCGUCUUCGACCUUAAAAGCUUGAGUGGGCCCGUUUCAGCGACUCUGUACCUGGGAUACUCUCUGUUCAUGGUCUUGGCUAUCAUGCUCGCAACAGGUACUGUCGGUUUCCUCUCUUCCUUCUGGUUCGUCCACUACUUGUUCUCUUCGGUGAAACUUGACUGAGGAUCGGAACCGGAAGCUUACGGCUCUGAAAAUCGUUUAAAGUUUUGAAGAAGAGAAGUAAUAUCGUUUAAACAAAGUCCAUCUCAUUACUCCAACAAAGUGUAAGGGUUCAAAUUUUUCCUUUUUUUUUUUAUAUAUCGUUUCAACGAUUUGUUCAUGUUCUUUGUUUUCAUCUUGUUACAUCUUUUAUGGGAUGUGUCUGAACUUAGAAAAUGUUUAUUUUUUAGGUAAUGUUUAAGAUGGAUUUUGAUUUCAUCCGCUAUAGAGUACAACACCCUACUAUGUUGAAUGAUGCGUGAAUGCUUAAGAUGGAUUUUGAUACAAAUCCUGUUUACAUAAAUUCAUAGUAAGAAACUUAAAAAGAAAAUUCAUAUUUUUGGUGAGUGAUGUUCUUAUAUGGUAUCAAAGUCUGAUCUACUCAGUCUGAUCCAUAAUCUAUCAAAAAAAUCUAAAUAUUCCAAAUUAAUAAUCAAUAGAAUCAUUAUCAUUUGGAAGAGACCUAAAAAUAUCACUUGAAUGAUGCCCUUAAUGGUCGCUCUAGAGUAAGAAAUCCUUGCUGAAUAUCGUUGACAAGAAAAAC